AUGGAUGAAUAUGAGGAGGAUCCGGGGCGCAGAGCGAGCAAACUGAUGGAGAAUCUUUCCAUAUUUGACGUUUUCCCGGACGGCUUGUACGGAGAGCCGAACCCGGACGCGGAUUUUAAGUCCGCCGUGUUACCUGGUCAGAAAAGUAAGCGAAUGAAUGGCAGCUCCUCUCACGCGCCUCACCAGCACAGCCACACGCCCGGGAACAAAGUCUACGGCGCGGCUCCGGUGCGCUCCGUUAACGGGAACCGACCCUCAGUGCCUAUGGAUUUCUGUUCUCCGCAAAUGGAAGCGGUUUAUCCCGCUCCCGAUGCGUACUGCACCAAAUCCGAAGUUGCCUUGCCGUGCUACAGCGGCGCGUCGGACCGGCUCAGGAGAUACACGCACGCGGAUGCACAGGGACACCGAUACAGCACCGGCUGCGCGUACGACGGGCUCGUGCUGGGCAAACAGAUGACCGUUUCGGGCGUGAGGAGCAACAGUAUGUGCAUGGGCAACCCUGAUGGCAGGUACAUAGCCACAAGUCCCCGGUCGAGUUUGGCCUCGUCGCACUCCUCUCAAGAUCAGAGCAAACACACCAGCCCUCGGUCCAGCAUCAGCAGCCCUCGGUCCAGCCUCGUGUCACCCGGACAGGAGAAAUACGGCGAGGGGAACAGUGUCAUCAGCCCUCGGUCCAGCUACGCGAGCACGGCCAGUGACACUAGUAAACAUUCCAGUCCCAGGACCAGCCUCAACAGCUACGAUUGUGGAAGCAAACCGAGCAGCAACCGAACCAGCGGCAUCAGCAUGGGCUACGAUCAGCGACACAUCAGCCCCAGGUCCAGCACCGCUAGCCAGUACUCCAGUACCACGAGCCCGCGCUCCAGCUACUCGGAUUCGCGUUUCACGCCCGCGGGUAACCACGACCCGGAGGUCGCCGCGAUGCACUGCAUGCCAGUGACCAGCCCCCGGUCCAGCAUCUGUAGCCAGGACGGGGGUGCGCGACCCGCUGGUGCGGCCAACUGCGUGGUCAGCCCCCGGUCGAGCAUAUCCAGCCACAGCUCCAGGAGUUCUCGGAGCUCUCGGGGAUCCAUGAGCGCGUAUCCCGAGCUCCAGCUGCCCUCGCCGCGGUCGUCCAUGCUGGCAACCGGCUUACCGGAGGAUGCGCUGCUGCAGGACUUCCAAGAGCCGAACGGCCUCCAUAACAACCGUGUCCACCUCCAGACCUUCCCGGUGCUGGAAGAACCACAGCAGCAGAAUUCAGACGUGAAUGUGCAGUUUAACUACGGGAAAACGGGCGCAGCUGGUCAGCGCUUUAAGUUGCCAUGCCAAGUGACUCCAUCCCGGGAGAGUGGUCCCAGUCAGGCGGAGAGGCGCCUGGAGGCCCUCACCUUGGAGCUGGAAAAAGAGCUCGAGAUGCACAUGAAAAAAGAAUAUUUCGGUAUCUGUGUAAAGUGUGGUAAAGGUGUUUAUGGAGCGAGUCAAGCAUGUCAGGCCAUGGGGAAUCUGUAUCAUACUAACUGCUUCACCUGCUGCUCAUGUGGACGGAGGCUGCGAGGGAAAGCUUUCUAUAAUGUUAACGGAAAGGUUUACUGUGAAGAAGACUUCCUGUAUUCUGGGUUCCAGCAGACGACAGAAAAAUGUUUCGUAUGUGGACACCUCAUCAUGGAGAUGAUCCUUCAGGCUCUGGGUAAAGCCUAUCACCCAGGUUGUUUUCGGUGUGUGGUGUGUAAAGAGGGACUGGAUGGUGUUCCUUUUACUGUAGAUGUGGAUAACAACAUCUACUGCGUGAAAGACUAUCACACGGUUUUUGCUCCCAAAUGUGCCUCAUGUAACCAGCCCAUUCUACCAGCACAGGGUUCAGAGGAAACCAUACGUGUGGUGUCCAUGGAUAAGGAUUAUCAUGUGGAAUGCUAUCACUGUGAGGAUUGCGGUCUGCAGUUGAAUGAUGAAGAGGGGCAUCGCUGUUACCCGCUAGAUGGUCAUCUGCUGUGUCACCGAUGUCACCUACAUCGGUUACAGAGCCCUUUAUCUGCCCACCCACCCCCAAGUUAUCCUCUACACGUCACUGAACUGUAAACACACGGGCUCCUGCAGGACAAUACAUAAGAGUUAAUGACAUCACCCGCUCGCCCUCAGAAAAAGAGAGAGAUCAUCAUGUCUGUCCUGCCCCUAAACACCUCUUUUUCCACACGUUUAGGGUUAAUGAGACACUUCAAAUAUUUUCAUACCCAAUCAUCUUCUCUUUACCAUGGGGCUUGACUUUCCUCAUACACACAGAUUAGAGAUCUGUUGGGGGAGCGGAGAGCCGUGUGGUCCCGGUGUGAGAAACAAGGGCGCCACUAGGAAAAGAAUAUGUUACUACUAAUAAAAAUGAUCUUUGGUGUGGGUCCCACCUUAGUGACGCCCCUGCUGAGGAUAACUGAAGACACUAAACUCUAAACACAGCACUGAAUGUGAAACAGACUUUUUUGUGCCUUCAUCAAGAACUUGCAUUAAUCAGGACAUCGCUCACUCACUGCCUUUGACUUAAAAAAUAUCAUUCACCCAAAAAUCAUUAUUUUGCACCCUGAAUCCCGUAUGCUGUGUUUAUUACGCACAGGAACCUUAUGAAUAUAGCACACAAUACAUACGGAUUAUGGUCAAUGUGAAGGUCAAAGGAAAAGAGCCGAUGGUUCUCGAUCUUCACUGUUCCGCAGAUGAAUCGGCACGGGAGUGGAAGGAAACAUGGACAGAAUUACUUAAAGCACAGAAUAAAUGCAUAAAGCUGUCAGCGCUGCACAUAUUUCAAAAUAUUUCACGUGAAUCUUUCUGGAUAGGGUCAGAUAGGUUGUUACCGUCUGACAUCAGCAGAACGGACCUCUCAGACGCUGCUUUAUGUCUGGACGAGUGCUGUGAAACCGCUGAAGCGUCAGGUGCCUUCCUGCAUCAAAUAUUUGAGCAGACACAUGGUUUUGUGUUUCAGAAGGGGCCGGAGAGGUUGCAGAUGUAUACAGAGGUCAGUGCUUUUGCCUGGAUGUGCUGGACUCAACCAGGCCAACCAAUGACCUUCUGUUUAUUGUCCCAACAGUGAGGUUGUCUUGUGUGUGUGACAGUGUCGUAACCAGGUGCGAUGUGGUGAAGCAGACAGGGUUUUUCGGUGGCUCCUAGUGGUUCAAGUUUCCCCUGGAUAUGGAGAAUAACAGGGAUUGUUUAAAAUGUGAUUUCCAUUACAUAUAUUUAAAAAUUCUGGUAGUUUCUGAACUUAACUGAAGUUUCUGGUUGCUUUUUGGGUAGACAGAUAAAUGACCUGCCACAUCGCACCUAGUUAUGACAGUGUGAGUAUGUGAGAAUUUGUGUGUGUUUGUGUGUGUUCAUGUAUACUAGUGGCAGGGCCACUGUGUGUGUGUGUUUGCUCAUACUUGUCAUAUAUGCAGUGACCACAAAAAAUACUUCAUACAGUUGUGCCACAUUUAAAAAUGUCAAAAUAUCACUGCAUAAAAUAUCUAAACAGGUCAUUUUAAAGUCGUGCAACACAAGCAAAACAUUUCGACCUUGUUCACACUGUCAGUUUUAAUCCUAUAUUUGUGCAGAUCUGUAUGACUGACUGUCCACACUGUGUAUCACGACUGUUUAGGUCUGAUUUGUGUGUCCUGUAAAGCAUUUUCUUUUUCCAGAAUAGCUGCAUUGGUUUCUGGCAAUGACGUUGGUGUGAAAUAGGUGUGCUCGAUUUAAUUCAGCACUGUGCAGAUUUCUUCACAUCGACAACAACACAACAACCUUGCAUCUGACUUGCUUACGUUUUAUGUGGUGUGUCAACACGAAGAAAAACUUAGGCUAUGUUUACACUGCAGGCGAAAGUGGCCCAAAUCUGGCUUUUUUGCCCAAAUCUGGCCAUUAUCUGAUUUUCUUAUGACAGUCUGAAUAGCACAAAUCCGAUUUUUUCAUGAAGGACCCAGAUCGGAUAUACUGUAUAUCUUAUGUAUAGAGGGUAUGCAUUGAUGUCACAUUUCCACGUGACCACACCGGAGCACUCCCUGUUGAGUGGCAAACGUACAACAAAAUGGCUAGUUUUCAAAUCCCAGUAAAACUGACUAUUAUCAGCUUAAAUUAAAUUUAGUUGGACUUGAUAGCAGAGGUGGACAAUACUUAGUUACAUUAGUUACAUUUUGCAAGCUUCUGUGCUUUAUUAGGUUGUUUGUAUUGGGAAAAAAUUUACGUCACUACAUUCUAAAGCAUAGAAUCAUACUGUGUGUAUUCUUUUAUAUUGCAUAUUUAUUUAAUAACUAAUUACAUUAAAAUUGUGUAAAUUUUACUUGAGUAAAAGUAUGUUAAUGUACUUACAUAUUAAAUGUAAAACAAAAACGUAUUAUUAAUGAAAUGUAAUAUUAUGAUAAUAUGCUUUGGAAUGUAUGUUUUCCAAAGAAAAACACGAAUAAAAUACAAAUACUUGAAAAAUACAUUUAAAGGUGCAGUGUGUAAAUUUUAGCAGCAUCUAGCGGUGAGGUUGCGAAUUGCAACCAACGGCUUAGUCCACUGCUCACCCCUUGCUUUUGAAACACAUAGAGAAACUACGGUAGCUGCCACCAGACAAACAUGUCAUCGUCGGAGACAACUUAGUAAAAAAAUUGUCCAUUAAGGGCUUCUGUAGAAAAAUGGCGGCACAAAAUGGCGACUUCCAUGUAAGGGGACCCUCUUUGUAUGUAGAUAAAAAGGUCUCGUUCUAAGGUAAUAAACACAUAACAGUUCAUUAUGAAAGGUCUUUAUACACCCCUGAUAAUAUAGUUUUGUAUAUUAUUUAGCAUUUCUGUCAAGAGAUGCUUUUAAAAACUACACACUGCACCUUUAAGUAGAAAGUUAAACCUCUGCUUGAUAGUGACCCUAGCAACUUGUCAACCCACCUGUGGUCUUCUUGUUAAUCUGUUAGUACAGUCUAUCGCACAACAGCUCUUUCCCAUUUAGACGUGUUUUCCCUGUGUUUUCACUGAAUUCACGCUGUACUCAAAUGCUGUACUCAAACUCUUUUGCCACUCAGUGGGCGUAACCGCAGUCACUUUCGCCGAAGGUGACGUCAUGUGCAUACCCAACCUGAUCUCACGAAGUUUCGUGGGAUAGUCACAGAAUUUUUUGCUAAUUUUUCCGUGGCAUUCUCACGGAUCUCCGCAUUUUUCCUUGGCACUGCCACGGACUGUCUUUUUCCGUGGCAUUCUUACGGAUUGGUUACUCAACUGUUUUGUCCUAUUUUCUUACCAUUGUCGCUUCGGUUUAGGAUUAGAUUUACAUAAAAUGACAUCCUUACCCAAACCCAACUCCAACGACAGGCGACAAUGGUUUGAAGUUUAGAAAAUAUAAAAGAAUACAUCAGAAAUUUUUUUAUAAAUCAAUACUUAAAGGGACAUAUUUACGCAAACACUAAAUCUAACCCUAAACUGAAGCGAAAAUGCUUUGAAAAUAGGAAAAAGCAGCUGAGUAACCAAUCUGUGAGAAUGGCACGGAAAAAGACAGUCCGUGGCAGGGCCAAGGAAAAAUGCGGAGAUCCGUGAGAAUGCCACGGAAAAAUGAGCAAAAAAUUCUGCGACUAUCCUACGGAAAUUGGUGAGAUCACGUUGCCAUACCUUCUAUUGCAAUGCGACUUCAGUCCCGAACAUCCAUGUUGCAUUUCAUCCGCCUUUUACGUCAUUGAAAUGCACCAGACGGAGGCGGGAAAAUGAUGUUGUGUCGUCUUCUGCACAUGCGCAUCACUUCAGGGCCGUAUACAGUUCACACAUGAGACAAUCUUAUAAAUGUGAUGGACCAGAGUCUUGACUGUGAACACAGGAAAUCUCGCAAAAUCUCGCGAGACUUCAGAAUAAGCAUGGCGGACGAUAUACAGGAAGAAAUUUUAUUGAUAGUGUUUGGAAUGAUUUUCACUAAAAAUUCAAGGGGAAUAAAGACAAGGGUUUGGGUGAAGUCGUAGAGAAAGCGGGAACAUGGUCCAUCUCUGCUGUCCACAUCAACUUCACUUUGUGCUGCACCAUGACUGCUUCCAUUUUCCAUCAUCUCGCUUUCUGAUUGGAUAUUGUUUCGUUUCACAUGAUAAUCUCAAGAGUGUGCACGCGUUUGUCCUCGGGGUUCCCCCCACACACCAGGAUUUCUGAUUCGCGAUCGGGGCGGCUCCGACAUUCUUCCGAUCAGGUUCGGACUAGGGAUGGGCAUUUUCCAGUAAUUUACUAUUCGAAUAUUUAAGCUCAUAAAGAACGAAUAUUCGUUUAUUUAAAUUAUGUUAAUUAAGACAUUCGUCUUUUGUAUUUUUCAUUUUGUCAUAAUUUCACAGAAGGCUUAUAAUUAGGAAAUAUCCACAACAAGCUAAAGUUAUAAUAUGUAUGUAUGUAUGUAUUUUUAAGUUGAAAAAAUAUAUAUUUUUUACAUUCUUCUUAAAAAAUAUCCUACAGAAAAAAGGCGUUAAAACCCCAUGCGGAGCGAAGUCUGAGUCAGUCAAACCCUUAGUUUCAAGUCGGUCGUUAGUAUGAAUUCAUUACUGUUUGAUCUUACAUACAUUAUAUUAUACCAAAUAUUAUACACUAACCCCAAAUCUAAGCGAAGUUUGAGGACUUGCGAAGUUUAAAGUUUGAGGACUUGACAAAGUAGGCUAUCAUCAUUUAAACAGACUCAAAACACCAAAUAAGAGCCCGGAGCAAACGAAAAAACACAUCUACAUAACCGACUGCUCAGUCGCCAUAUAAAUAUCUUCUCAGUUUAGUUUGACAUGUAUUUGUGAAUAAAGAAAACCUACCUGCUUCGGUGAAAACCCGUUCUUCUGACUAGAUACAAUAAUGCCGGUGCUGCGGAGAAAACUCUUCCUCGUGAUGAUGGUUAUCCGAUAAAAACAACAGACGCAUUGAACAAGAUUGAAUAUCUGUAUUUAACAUUAUUUUACAAAUAACGUAAGUUGGUUCGAUAGAUUAUUGUUGACUAUGCAAAGUUACUAACGUUAGCUUAAUUUAACAACAUUUCACAAAGACGGAGCUUUGCUUUAAACUGCCGUGUGCAGUUAUCCGGUUCAUUUUCGAAAGAGCACCGCAUAUAAUAAAUGUUCUCCGUUUCAUUUCGUUCUCCGUGUCUGUCUCGUUAUUAACAAAAUAAAGUAGACUUUAUAACGGAAAGCUUACAAAUCUCUCAUGAUGUGUUGAUGCGGGCGGCGGAGAAGCACGUUUAAUAACACGUGAGCCCUCACUGAGCCAGUGGCCAAAUACGGCGCACAAACCCGGAGAUAAAUGGAAAAACUUAAAUUCGUCUGCAAUCUGCAUUGCCAAACAAUCAGAAAUACAUACGAAUUAAUGUUCAUGUAUAUCUUACAUGUAAGUCUGUAAAAGACAGUAAAGAUGAAGUGGAAAAGCAUUAAAUAAGUCGUAACCCUUUGGUGGCACAUUAAAAACAAACAAACAUUCGAAUAGCAUUUUUUAAAUUCGAAUUAUUAUUGCCGAUCGAAUAUUCGAAUAUCCGUGCCUAUCCCUAGUUCGGACACUCUUAACACACCUCACACCAAGGGAAAAUCUGAUAAAAUUAUCUGUACAAGCAUCAAGAUAAUCGGGACAUUGCUAGGAUUGUCGGAAGGGGUGAAAUCGGCCCAAAAUCAGCCCGAUUAUCUUUUGGUGUGUACCCAGCAUUAGCAUUAAAACCUGCAGUGUGAACAAAGCCUAAAGCGGAUUUCCAGAAAUAAAUAGGAUUUCAAACCACAUACUGUAUUAAUGUAGCUAGAAAUGGAUUUGUAAAAAUUUGGAUUUCAUGUGGGGUAUGUAGAAAAUUUAGAUUUAAACUGACAGUGUGAACAAGUCUUUGUAUGUUGGGUUUGAAAUGAUAAAAUGGUAGUAGUAUCACUGAAGUUGGACAGACUUCAAACAUCCACUAAAAAUCACCUUGACAUGAGCUGAUAAAAGGUCUUUAAAAAAUGUAGUUGUAGCUUCAUUUUUAACAGGUGACACUUGCUGUGAUGUUUUGAUAUCUAAUGCAGUGAUAUUUUUACGAGUGAGGCGAAUGUUCAGAUGUUUAUUCGGGCUGCUGCAUACACCACACAGACUGUAAUACUACUGAACCGCAGACACAAACAUGACUGUGUGUGCUUUCUCUGAUCUGAGCGACCUGUUGAGAGUUUGUUUGUAAUCCAUUGACUUAAUAUCUGCAAAGCAGAUUGUAAACCUUUUGAUUCACUGGUUUGAAGGUGAUGAUUGCUGUACCAGAAGCACAUAAUGUCAUUCUACUCUUGUUUUUAGAGAAAGAAGCUCCCAGGUAUUUUCUAGGUUGUAUGGACCGAAUCUGUCGCAUGCUGUUAGUUACCACAGAAAGUUAAAUGCAUUAACAGUUAUGCACCUGUAAUGUACGUCUGUAGAGCAAACGUAUAUCAGUUCAUAUAUCUACAAACUGAUGUAGGAGUUAUUUUCUGUGGUGAUGAACAGUAUAAUUUUCUGAAUAUGUUUCAUGUCUCAUAUCAUUCCCUAAAGUGUGUAAUGUUUAAAGCGUGUAAUAUGUUUGUCUUAAUCCACAUUUAAAACAUACUACUAUUGCAUAGCACAUCCUAGAGUCCCUGUAAAUAAACUGUUUAGAAUGUAUUACCUGCAUCUAUCAGAGAUUCAAACGAACGCUAGCUUUUCUCUCACGACUUUUUUUAUCGUACAAUGUUUUGAUUUCCUAGAUAUUUCAUAAAUAAAGGAAAAGCAAAGUAGAUUUAUUUAUCUAAACGUGAAAAGUUUAAAGUUAUUUAAUGUAUGAAAGUCAGGAUGUAUCAUUUAACCGUAGAUUUAUGUAAUCUGCUUUUUCAAUAAAGUGGUUUUUGUAGUUAA